AUGGGUGUUCACGCAAAGGCUGCACUUAUACCAUGGGACCCUUCGAACGAGGCGCAUUUUAAGCGCAUGCAUGUUCAGCGGGUCGCUUGCGGCUGGCGCUAUGAAGAGGUGGAGGAGUGGAGGAAUAAGAUGCUCAAGAGCCAGAAAUUUCUCUACUGGAUCAUAUUGGCCGACGACCUUAAGGGGCGAGAAGAGUUGCUAGCAACGCAUACAAGCCGGUACCCUGAUGAAGCUGAGGAGCUCUCAGAUACAGCGGAUACAGUAUUCAACACGUCUCGGGAACCAACGAAUCGUCACUUCCUCCCCAUAGGUCAUAUCGCACUCGAAUUGCUUCCUGAACAAAACGAGCGAUUUCAACUUCCAUCAUCUACUAUAUGGAUCAUGUCGCUCUACAUUUCAUGGGCACUCCAGAGUGCUGGCCUCGGACGUAGUGCCAUGGCCGAAACGGAGAGACUUGCAAGGCACCCUCCCUUCAACCGCAACGUCAUCGGCUUGGACACGGUUCAGAAGCAUUUUCAGCUCGGAGACAACAAUUUUAAUAAGACAUAUUACAAUUCCAGUGGCGCAGAAGUGCGUGCGAUCGAAGAAUGGUACAUACGUCAGGGAUACGAGGUUGUCAAGAGGGUUGAUAGAGGGUACAACUGGCACGACCCCUCGACUGGAGAUAUUCUUCCAGUGCCGCUUGUCUACAUGGCAAAGAGGUUUGUGUAG